UCUUUUACAAAAUGGCAAAAACCAAGAGAAAGAAUAAAAAUAAAAAAAAUAGAGAAGAGUCUAAACCUUAUUCUAAUAAUCCUCAAUCAAAUAAUAAUUCCUCUAAAGUUUCAAGUGAUCUUCCUAAACAAAUUACUAAUUCCAAUAACGAAAAAAUUAAUAUUUCAAUAUCUACUCAAACUGAUGAUAAAAAAAAUAUUUCAAUUGCUACUCAGACUGAUGAUAUUAUUUCAAUUACAAAAGAUACAAUAAAUAAUAAUGAUAAUAAUAAUUAUUCAAAUAUAAAUACAGAUAUUUUUCUUGUUCCAAAAGCUCCAAAACUUCCUAAAACCUUUAAAGAAAAAGAGUCUACACGUAGAUUAAUUGUUGUUUUAGAUAAAGCGUGCUUAGAAACUUGUAAAGUAACUAAUUCUAAUAGAUCUUCACAUUAUCAAUUAUUGAAUUGUGAUGAUCAAAAAUCUAUAAAAAAAUUAGGAUCCGAUCCAACAACUUAUAGACCAGAUAUAACACAUCAGUGCUUAAUGGCUUUGUUAGAUAGUCCUUUAAAUAAAGCUGGGUUGAUGCAAAUUUAUAUUCAUACAACUAAAAAUGUCUUAAUUGAGGUCAAUCCUCAUGUUAGAAUACCAAGAACGUUCAAACGUUUUUCAGGGUUGAUGGUACAACUCCUACAUAAAUUAAGUAUUCAUUCUGUGGAUGGAAACGAAAAGUUAUUACGAGUGAUAAAAAAUCCAAUAACAAAUUAUCUUCCCACAAGCUGUGUUAAAUUAGCACUUUCAUAUGAUGCUCAACCUGUUCGUCUUUCUCGAUAUUUACCAACAAUACCUCCUGAUCAAUCGAUUUGUAUUGCUAUUGGAGCUAUGGCUCACGGCACGGAUAAUUUUGCUGAUGAUUGGGUAGAUGAGAAAAUUGGAAUUUCUCAAUAUCCUCUUUCAGCAGCUGUUGCUUGUUCAAAAUUUUGUUGUGAAUUAGAAUCUUUUUGGGGGAUUUGGUAAAGAUUACUUGUAAAUUUUUUAUACAUGAUAUGUCAAAAAAUAAUAAAAAAAAACUUUUUUUCCAAUGAAAAGUUGGUUUAUAAUUAUUAAUUAUAAUAAG